CGAAAAAUAUAUAUAUUUUUUCUCUCUCUAAAUGUGAAAAAAGAAAAUCUUUUUUCCUCCAACAAAAAAGUAUAAAUACGUCUCUUGAUUUCCUUCGCUCUGGAGAAAAGAAGAAAACAAGAAGUAAACAAGAACCACUCACUCGCCAUGGAUUCUGCUGAGAAUUCUCGGGAAAAUGACAGGGUUUCCCAGGAAAACCGCCAUGAUCACAAGAAACAGAGGAUCGGGAAAGAUGGAAAGAAGAAGAAGGAGGAGGUCGAGGAUUCAAGGGGACCGUUUCAGGACGCAUUGGAGGCGAUCAAGAACAGAAGUAGCGAUCUGGCUCCAGAUUCCGUGGGGCUGAAGAUGAUUGGAAAAGGGUUUUAUCUCAGGACAACAACAAGAGUAGCUCCCACACCCUUGGAGCUGUGGAACUAGGAGGUGUUUCUUCUUCAAUGUUUUGCUGUCUCAGUUUCUGCGGAUUUUGGAUUCAGGCGUUGAAACUCGCCCUAUGCGGACAUUCCAUGACAGAACACGUGAUAGGCGACUUCUUGUCUCGUUCACCGAAAGGGUUCCCAGCCUUGACACGUAUCCGUCUGAAAGGAGCAUUCAAUCUCACUGACAAUGCCUUAGCCCUAAUUUCCGGAUCUGCUCCUCUGCUUCAGAGGGUGAACCUAUGAGAAUGCUCUCUUCUCAACGACAAAGCGAUACAGAUUCUUGCCGAUAACUUGGGAUCCACCCUGAAAGCCCUUAACAUAGAGGGUUGUCAAGGCAUAAACCCAUCUAAUGUCUUGGGCAACCUAAAGAGGUUCAAAAGCCUGAACAGUCUGUCAGUAGCCGGGCUCGAAGGCAUCGAUGAUCGUUUCGUCCUCAGGUUUCUCGAGGCACAUGGGUCAAAUCUCACAAGUCUUGUUCUCGCUAGUGCAUGUAUGUCUCGAGCUAUGUUCCUUAGGUUUUUCGUUGAAUCUCCACUGGUUAAGCCUUUGCACUUCCAUCAAUGGUGUUGCAGGGAAGUUACUGAUGAAUCUACUGAGGCUAUCGGGAGAUACUGUAAGAGACUGCGGGUUCUUGAUAUCACGUUCUUGGAUAAACUGUCAGAUAUGUCAUUGCAGUACAUUGCCAACAGUUGCAGAUCUCUGUCUUCACUCAAAUGCGGUCAGAAUCAUUUCAGGUUUUCUCCAAAGCCGACUGCCUCUCUCUAUGUAUCACAUGUGCUGAAACAUGUAACCUUUCGUUUUUGCAGUGACGAAUGCAUUCCCGCUUCCCUGGAAGUUUCCGAAAGUUCUCUCAAUGCACUCUCCCUGAACAACAUCCAAAAAGUUUCUCGAAAUACUGUCAUCUCACUGGCUAAAGUAUCCAAGCAACAGCAAUUUUUGGACCUCUCAUGGUGCCGGAGGCUAACAAAUGAAGAUAUAAGACUGACCUUGCUUUGUUGCCCGUCGUUAAGACAGAUCAAGCUUUCCGGCUGCUCACUGGUAUGUAAUAAGAACUUGCAAAACCAAGGCUUUUGUUCUUAAACAAAUUCAAUCUUUCAACGAUUUGUUGAAGCAACUCAGUUGUUUACCCGGCUUAAUAUAUCACAGGUAACCAAAAAAGUUCUUACAGAGAAUUCGGAAUUGCCAGUUGAGAUCAUCGGAUUGAGAAGGGCUCCAU